ACUAACAGAAAAUUGGAAAGAGAUAGUUAAGUUUUAUUAAUUUUACCAUUUUGAACCAGCCCCCAUCGUGUCCUAUAAGUCUUUUUUCAGCAAAUCGAAAGUCAAGUUUCGGGAUUGCAGAAUCACUUAGCCCAGAGCCAGAUUUACGUGUAAUUGACUGGGCUGAUUAAGCAAUGGCACUGAGAAUGGUAGCAAGGAAUUUUAGAAGUAAGCUUCUGCCAAGUUUAACUCCGGCAUAUAUGUUGCACUCUCAUGCUACAAGUUUCGGAUAUAAAGAAAUACCGGAAGAAGAAAAGAGCAAAAUGGUUGGUAAUGUCUUUACUAGUGUUUCUUCGAACUAUGAUCUUAUGAAUGACCUGAUGAGUGCUGGGUUACAUAGAUUAUGGAAGGAAAGAUUAGUAUCCAAACUAAAUCCAUUUCCUGGAAUGAAGCACCUUGAUAUGGCGGGCGGAACAGGAGAUGUUGCGUUUCGAAUUCUAGAAAGCGUGAACAGUGUUAGGCAUAAAGCCCUACGAGAUAUGCUCGAAGAUAAUUUCCAGGAAAAAACCCAGAUAUAUGUAUGUGAUAUCAACCCACAUAUGUUAAACGUUGGCAAAAUGCGGGCCCAAGAGGGAGGCCUAGGAGAAGAUGGAUCUCUUGUAUGGGUUGAAGGAGACGCGGAAGCAUUAAAUUUUGAGGAUGACUCAAUAGAUGGUUAUACGAUUGCUUUUGGUAUUAGAAAUGUGACACACAUAGAGAAAGUUCUUUCUGAAGCUUACAGGGUGCUUAAAAAGGGGGGAAGGUUUCUUUGCCUUGAGUUGAGCCAUGUGGAAAAUCCAGCUUUCAAGCAGUUUUAUGAUUAUUACUCGUUCUCAGUGAUUCCCACCAUUGGGGAGCUAGUUGCCGGGGAUCGGGAUUCUUACCAAUACUUAGUUGAAAGUAUUCGCAAGUUUCCCUCACAGGAGAAAUUUGCUUCACUAAUUUCGGAAGCUGGAUUCCAGAUGGUUGAAUACGAAAAUCUUGUUGGUGGAGUUGUCGCAAUUCAUUCUGGAUUAAAGAUUUAGAGCAGAUAUUGCAAAAAAACUUUUUUCUUCUCACUCUCUCUUUUUUUUUAUUAGUUUUUUUCGCCAGGUACUGCUAAAUGCUGUGUUCCGACAGUGAGGGUAAUCUGGUUGGAAAACUCCUAAAUUUUGUGUCUGACUAGCUUAAAGAUGAAUCAUUGAAAGGAGAUUGCCUAAAUAAUGUAAUUUCUUAGUUUGCUGAUUUUGUUCAA